CGUCGCAUAACGAGCCUGAGCUGAGCCGAGGUGUGAGUAAUCAGCGAAUAAUUUGGGGAGCAGAGCGCAGCGUCCGCCAGACGGUCCGCGGGGACAGCAUGGCCUCGGAGGAGGAGGACCGCGCGCUGCUGGCGCUCAUCUACCAGCACCUGAAGAUCCACGGCUUCCACAAGGCCGCGCGAGGGCUGGAGAAGCACGUUACCCAGGUGGAGACGACGGAUGAAAACUCAAACUUAACCGACAUCUACUCGGGAUGGAUGAAGCUGUGUUCGCUGGCGAAGGACGCCAAGCAGGAGACCGAGGACUCCUGCGAUCUGAAGACAAACGGCAUCAAGGCGGAGCCGGCCACCAGCGAGGAGGAGGAGGAGAGUCCGGGCGCCGCGAAGUCCGGCGUGGCGGGAGAGAAGGAAGCAGACGCCAAGCUGCCGCCGGACUCGGGGCCGGACUCGUCCGAGAGCGAGCAGCAGCUGUCGGACGCCGCCUGCAAAGCCCCGAAAACGAACUCGGACGGCGAGAAGCCGGAGCCCUCGGACGGCGUGGAGGAUCACAAAGAAGUGGCGGAGCCAGAGGCUGCUGAAGCGUCGGCCGAGGCCCCGAAAGAGGAGCGGAGCUCCGGCUCGGCCCCUCCAGAGGAUGAAGAACCUGCCGGGCCCACCGAGCCGGUCUCGGAUCAGGUUGAAGACGACCAGCCGGCCGAUGAUCCGGCCGAGGAGGAAGGAGGGGCAGACGGAGAGGCGGUGGAGCAGGAGCUUCAAGCCGCCACACACGCCUCAGACGUGAUGGACGGAGCUGCAGCAGAGCAGAAGAACGUGGAGGACGGCGAGGAAACAUCCGCAGAGGAGCCCGGCGGAGUGGCCCCCACCCCCUCCACCCCCUCCACCGCAGACCUGACAGCCCAGCAGUCCAAUGAGCAGGAGGUGGAGCCGGAAGCCCCGCCCCCUGCAGACGCUCCGGAGCAGCAGGAGCAGUCGGAGAAAACACAGAGCGGUGAUGAGUUGGAGACGAGCCCAGCAGACCAAGGAGUCGCCGCCGCCGCCGCCGAGCCCACACACACUCACACUGAUGGGGGAGAAGCCCAGGACGCGUCCAUCGUCCUGAACAUCCAGGUGGAGGACGGCGAAGAGGAGGCGGGGGAGGCCGAGGAGGCCCCGAAAACCCCCAAGAAGAAGAGGAAGAAGAGCAAGAAGGACCAGGACACGUCCACAGAAGACACGACCGACGCCUCCACCGCAGAGCCCGUCACGGAGACGCCGCCCAGCAGCAAGUCCGCCAAGAAGAGGAGGAGGCAGAGGGAGGAGGUGGAGGUGGUGGUGGUGGAAGAGGUGGUGGGGGUCGAGGACGAAGCGAAGGUCAAGGAGGUGGCGGGGGCCGAGGACGUGGUGGAGGUCGAGGAGGCUUCUCCUCUCGCCGCAUCAGAAAAAAAGAAAAAGCCCAAAAAGAGGAAACUGGAUGAAACUUCGCUCCCGCCUGUGGAAGAUCGUGUUGAGGAGAAGGAGGAGGAGGAAGGAGGAGCAGCGCAGGAGGAGAAGAAGAAGAAGAAGAAAAAGAGGAAAAGGAAAGAGUGUGUGGGAGAAGAGGUGCAGUCUGGGAACCGGCCAGCAGGGGGCGAUGUGGACACAGAGGAGAAAGAGCCGAUCACAGAUGGAAACUCCGCCGUGAAGAAGAAAAGCCGUCGGAGGAUGAAGCCCAGCCGGCAGAAGAGAUUAAAGCUGCAGCAGAAGAUGGGGAUGGAUCCCAUGAGGAGGAUGAUGAUGAGGAAGACAAAAAAUCCAGGAAAGAACAAGCCGAAGCAGCUUCAGGAGGAAGCUGAGGGGACGCCUCGAUCUCGACCAACCAAACGGCCGCAGUCCGACCCGGAGCCGGCCGCGGAGGACGAAACGCCAAAGAAGAAGAAAAAGAAGCUGAAAACCAAAGUGCAGCCCGAACAGGAGGAGAAUUCAUCCAAGGAGAACCGACCGCCCAAGAAGAAGAAGAAGAAGGAGGCGGCGGAUCUCAGCGGCGAGCUCCCCCAGAAAGAUUCCUCCGUCGAUGAGGGGAAGAAGAAGAAGAAAAAGAAGAAGGCGAAGGCAGCGGAAGGUGAAACUUCAACUCCGGUCGUCGUGAUUCAGGAAGAACCUGCUAAGAAGAAGAAGAAGAAGAAGCUGGAAGCGAUUGAGACUGCAGACAAACCCUCUCCUUCCCCGGUCGCUGUGAAAAAGAAAAAACCCCAGAAGAAGAAGAUGAACUGAACUGUAGCAGAAGAUGUUUGGACGCCUCAGAUCGACCCAGUGCCUUCUCACCCGGACGACCGACUUCCUCUUCCUCACUGAAACCUUCUGUUUCUGUGAGCCGUUGACGUUUCCAGUCACAUUUCUGUUUUGUCCUCUCGUACUGUGAAAACCACGCCGGCUCUUCGCUUGUUUACAUGUUAGAACUGGAGGUUCAGAAACUGUUUUCUGGUCACAAGUUUUCAGAUGUUUGUGUUUUUUUUUUCCUUGUGGGAUUUGAUCCAUUUUCAGUAUUUUUGGAAAACUGUUGAAAAACUAUGUUUCUCUUAACUUUAGUCAGCUGUGAUGUUUAAGGGAGCAAACUGUGAAUCUUUUUUCUUACUUGGGAGCAGUUUUUGUUGUUAAUGAACCGAUUCAAUAAAGAUGUUUGAACUUA